GGGGCUGCGAGAUCGGCGACGAGGGGCCACCCUUCUCGUGGGGGCUUCGUCAGAGCACGUGAAGACCGCUACGAUGCCUCCUCUACGUCGGAAGCGUCACGUUGAGGUUGAUGAAGAGUACGACAAAUUUGAAGAUGAUGCCGAUAAUAUGUCUGAUGAUGAAGAUGCUGAAGAAUUUGCUGAAGAUGAACCAGAAAGUCAAAGGGAUGAGGAAAUGCUUGAUGAUGAUACUGUUUUUGGACUGUUUAAAAAGCAUUUCUGCAAUUCACUGAGGCAAAUGAUGAGAUCUGGAAAUGGUUCUCAAGCUAGACCCUCCAAUAUUGCAAGAAACAAAAGACGUAAUAGUGGCUGUGGUGUUAGUGAUGCUCGUGUUCGAAAGGUAGUCACAAGAUUAAAUGUGACCUACUUUUCUGAAAUUCUUGAAGCUUUGGAUGGGCCGAAACGUAAAGUUAUUGAGACUUACGGAUUUGGGUCAUUGCUGCACUUUGACAAGUGUGCCAUCCCUUUGGCUUUCUCUCGUUGGAUUGCUGACCAAGUUCAAGUUAGGAGUAGUGACAUUGUUGUCAGGAAUAAGUCAAUACCCAUUACUGUUAGAGCUGUCCAUGAUAUUCUUGGUAUUCCUAUUGGAGGAUCUUCAGUUAGAAAAUGUGAUGCAGAGAGAGGGAAGAAAGAAUUUCUUGCGGUCUUGAGGUUGAGAAGACCGCCAAAUUUCAAGUAUUUUGGUGAUAAAUUGAAGAAAAAAGAUAUUUCUGAUGAUGAUCUUGUCCGCAGUUUUUUGAUUGUUGCCUUGGUUACAUUUCUUUGUCCUAACUCCAACACUUAUCCGAGCACCAAGCACCUCCUACCCUUGGUUGAUAUUAAGAAUGCUAAGGACUGGGAUUAG